AGUCAAUUCAGGAUUUGCUUUUAGCUUUUGCAGACCCUUAACAUCGCUAGAUAUUUUGUGGCAUUCUUUUCUACUUCCGCUUCCGAGGGUUUGUGUACGAGUAUAUCAGAUAGAAGUGAAUAAUAUUAAAAAAUGGCGAAGUCAAAAAAUCACACAAAUCAUAACCAAAACCGCAAGGCUCACCGUAAUGGUAUAAAAAAGCCCAAGAGAUACAGACAUGAGUCUACACUUGGUAUGGAUUUGAAGUUUCUCAGAAAUCAGCGUUUUGCUAAAAAGCAUAAUCUUAAGCCAAAAGCUCAAAAGAAGAGGGCAGAAGAGCGAAAGGCACUUCGUGAAGCAAAGAAUAAAUAAAUUUAUUGUAUAUAAACUAAUGAUUUUAUUAAAAUAAUUUAAAAGACA